CCUUCCGUUUCCUUCAGAUCAUCAGCAUUUCCAUGGCUCCAUUCAAACCGGUGAAGCUUCUCGACCUGUGCAAAGUCGCUCCACCACGAGGCUCUGUUGUCCCGACUUACACUUCUCUUCCUCUCACCUUCUUCGACCUAAAAUGGUUACCACUACCACCUGUAGAAUUACUAUUUUUCUAUGACUUCCCCUACCCAAUAUCCCAAUUCACUCACUCUCUCCUUCCCCACCUCAAACAAUCACUCUCUUGCACCCUAAUCCGCUUCUACCCUUUCUCAGGAAAUCUCUCAUGGCCUCAUGAACCCAACCACCCCAUGAUCUGUUACACUGAAGGAGACUCAGUCUCGUUCUCCGUUGCUGAGUCCGACGCCGACUUCUAUCAUCUCUCCUCCAACAACCUAAAAGAUGCCAUAGAAUCGCGCCCACUCGUGCCUCACUUGCCUGCAUCUGGACCUAUUGUUCCCAUGUUAGCAAUACAAGUCACCGUUUUCCCAAAUAAUGGCAUCUGUAUCGCGGCAACACAUCACCAUUCGGUCUGCGAUGGAAGAGGAUUUGUCCACUUCAUGAGGACAUGGGCUUCGAUCUCCAAGUUAGGAGUGGAAUCUCUCUCACCUGAGUCCCUACCAUUUUUGGAUAGGACUACCAUCAAGGAGAACUAUGGCAUCACAAAGAUACUCUUGAAUGAUUUGGAUAGAUUCAUGGGUUCCGAAACGAUAUCGGGGAAUCGAAGAUUAAGAGUGAUGGAUAUCGAACUCAAACCCAACAUGGUUCGAGCUACGUUCGAGGUAAAUGAAGCAAGUGGUAGGAGACUCAAGGAAUGGAUCUUCUCUCAAUACAAGAAGGAUGAACAACAAACAAUUCCUCCAUCUAAAUUUGUAGCCAUUUGUGCUUACACAUGGAUUUGUUUGCUCAAAGCAGAAGCAAAAGUGGGUGAGUCCAAGACUAAUAACACCACUAGCUUUGUGUUUAACGUGGACUGCAGGGCUCGGCUGGACCCUCCAAUCCAAGAAACAUACUUGGGUAAUUGCAUUAGGUCUGGUGUGGUGAUUGCUGAGAAGACUGAUUUGAUGAGAGAAGUAGCCGUGGCUGCACAGUUGAUAAGAAAUGUGGUUCUUGAGAUGGACAAAGGAAUUUUGAGAGGUAUGGAACGCAGCGUUUCAAGCUUGUUGGAGAUGCAGUAUGGUAGAAUUUUGGCAGCAGCAGGGUCAUCACAGUUAGGGUUUUACAAGAUAGAUUUUGGGUUUGGGAAGCCAAAGAAAGUGGAGAUGGCAUCCAUUGAUAGAACAGGAGCCAUGUUUCUGAAAGAGAGCUCUAAUGAAGGUGGUGGGAUUGAGUUUGAUUUGGUUCUUAAUAGAAAGGAAAUGGAUGCCUUUGUUUCUGUGUUUGUUGGUGGGCUUAAUGUUCUGAGUGAGCAUUCUUUAAGCCCCUCAACCAGUCGCUCCCUUCUCUAAGCCAAAGGUCCGUGAGGUAGAAAUUUUGUGAAAUCAUCAGACAAAUUAACAAGAUAUAUGCUUGUGAAUUGAAGGUCAAAUGCAGGAUGGGUUGUUGUUGCAUCUAUUGUGUUCUUAUUUGUUAUUUCUUGCAGUCAUGUGUGUUCUGUUCUUGAAGGUGGCGUUGUGAUAUAUUAAAACAUUUUCAAGAAUUUUGUUGGUUUUUAAUGCUAUUAUUCUCAUGGGACUAAUAAUUUGAUCUUGUACCAUGAAUAACAUAUUCUUUGUUGAGUUU